AUGUGUCACCAUCAAAAUAUCUGUCCGCAGAAUUCCGAGUCUAUUUCUCUCUCGUUCAUUCUAUCUAUCUAUCUAUCUAUCUAUCUAUCUAUCUAUCUAUCUAUCUAUCUAUCUCAGGAUGUUCAUAUCUAUCUAUCUAUCUAUCUAUCUAUCUAUCUAUCUAUCUAUCUAUCUAUCUAUCUAUCUCAGGAUGUUCAUAUCUAUCUAUCUAUCUAUCUAUCUAUCUAUCUAUCUAUCUAUCUCAGAAUGUUCGUAUCUAUCUAUCUAGCUAUCUAUCUGUCUGAGAAUGUUCAUAUCUAUCUAUUUCAGUAUCCUAUUCAUUAUCUAUCUAUCUAUUUAUCUCAGUCGGUUCAUAUCUAUCUUCUCAGUCUGUUCAUAUCUAUCUGUCUAUCUAUCUAUCUAUCUAUCUAUCUAUUUCAGUCUGUUCAUAUCUAUCUAUCUAUCUAUCUAUCUAUCUAUCUAUCUCAGUCUGUUCAUAUCUAUCUAUCCCAGUCUGUUCAUAUCUAUCUAUCUAUCUAUCUAUCUAUCUAUCUAUCUAUCUAUCUAUCUAUCUAUCUAUCACAAUCCAUUAAUAUCUCUCUAUCUCGCUCUUUUUUAUUCAUGUCUGUUAGUCUAUUCAUAUCUAUGUAUGUAUUGAUUUAUAUAUCCCAGACACUCUUCUUAGAUCCUCCUACCUUCUCUCUUAUAAAUGACAAAGAAUGUGGCAAUUGA